AUGUUAUUUCUACCGAAAUUACUCUUUGCGAAAACGGAAGCUGAAUACCAUCAAAUUCCCCUACAUGCCCCACAAACAGACUCGAUUGAAGAAGGAACUCAAAAUCAUAGAGACGAGAACAUACGGCGGAACGAAUGGUGGUGGUCUAUGCUGCCGUGGUUCGUGGCAGUAGCGCUGAGGAAAACAAACCGACAACUACCAAAGAAGUCAUCAACGUCUUACCUGAAUGGUAUUCGUGGCGUGGCAUGCAUCAUCGUCUUCAUCAGACACAUCACCGACUAUUGGGAUGAGUCCCAUAACCACAACAACGCUUUCGGCACCGACCCAGCCCCAGAGAACCGCGGCGUCGGACAACUACCCAUCGUACGAAUUAUCUACGCCGGAGAAGGCAUGGUAUCGCUAUUCUUCGUGCUCUCAGGCUUUGUGUUGACCUAUUCUCCGCUACGAAAAAUCAAUAAUGCUUCAUCUCCGUCGUCGGACAGUGAUCUUCUGACUGGGCUCUGCUCCUCGAUCUUGCGGCGAGGCGUCCGCCUCUUUGCACCAGCAAUCCCCUUGAUCUUCCUGACCUGUUUCGCGACCUGGAACUAUCCGUCGUUCCAUCCAGGCCGGUGGCGUGACAGCGACCCGGCAUUUCUGGAGUUUCUAUGGGGAUAUGUCGGCAUCGCCAUGCCUCUGUUCAAUCCGUUUACCUUUGAACAAUACAUGCCGCCUUCUUUCAACCACUGCUGGACGCUUGCUGUAGAGUAUCGUGGCUCGAUGAUCGUCUUCUUGGUAUGCAUCGCGACAUGUCGGCUGACUACAAGAGCUCGAAAACUCGUGGUCGGAGGUUCGGCUUUCUGGGCACUACACACGCGAAGUGGUGACAUGUUCUGCUUCCUUUCUGGCAUGUUCCUCGCCGAGCUGCGAUACAGCCCGCUAUCGAGCGAUCUCCCGACCGCGAUAAGAUUCACAAUUCCACAGUCUGCUACUCACACUCUGACUAUAUGCCUUCUUCUAUUCUCUAUGCUUGUCAUUGGUUGGCCUUCGAACGGGGCUCAGGGGAUCGAACCAUUCAACUCGUUGGAGAAGCUUGUGCCACUGGAGUGGCGGAAGGGCGACCAUUGGAGCCACACGACUGCGUAUUUCUGGUCAACCAUCGGAGCAGUCGGCAUGCUGACUGCCGUUGAAAAUCUGCCGUCAGUGCAACAGCUGCUUUCGACAACCCCGAUAUUAUACCUAGGGGAGAUAAGCUUCUCUUUUUAUCUGCUUCACUGGAUGGCUUAUUUAUGGCCAGGAGCUAUAAUGAUGCACUACUUGACCAAGUCUCUCGGUUGGCCCCAAGGUCUAAGUUUUUAUAGCAUGUUUCUUAUAACACUAGCCUUGACGACCGUUGCUGCGGAUUACUACUGGAGAGCCGUGGACGAAAAAUGCGUCUGGAUAGGCAAGGCUCUGGUAGAUUGGCUUGGGGUUUACGAUGACAGUACGCCUAGGCUUUCAUCGCCACAGAGGACCGCAAAUCGACUGACGGAUGAGGAUCAGACGCUACCUGUUGCGUUAGAUAGCGUCACAACUCCAGUGAAGCAGGAAUAG